CAUUUCCUGGAAGCUAGGGCUACGUCACCAAAGCUAAUGUCAUGCCACAUAUUGCAUGGGCCCGUUUACGUGUUUGAUAAUGGGCCUCAGAGCCCAAUUAAAUUUGUGUCUCUCAACACGGUGUCGCGCGUAAUCGAAUCUCAAUCUCGCAUGUCGCCGAUUACUUCUUCUCUUGACGCUGUGCAUAUAGUCCCUCUCUCUCUCUCAAGCAAAGCUUCUUCGAUCUUCCCCAGUACAGUUUUUCGGUAUAAAGAUUUGAAAUCGAGAUUCUCACCGAAGAGAUCUGGUUCAACCACAGAACCUGCAAUCUCUCACGUUGCUUUUGAUCCUUUGUUUGUUAAAAAAAAGGAUUGUUCUGCAAUGGACACAAAAGCUCUGGCGAAAUCGAAGAGAGCUCACACUCAACACCACUCCAAGAAAUCACAUCCGCUUCAUAAGCCGAAAGCUCUAGAGAAAGGGCAAGUAAACCAACCAAAGAGUCCGGUUCAAUCUCGUCGUGUUUCUGCACUACCGUCGAAUCUGGACCGGUACGAUGAUGAACCCGAUCUCGGUUUGUCGACUAAUCAACCCGCGGAUGUUAUUGUGCCGAAAAGCAAAGGAGCUGAUUAUCUGCAUUUGAUAUCUGAAGCCAAAGCUGAGUCUCAUUCAAAGAUUGAGAACGAUUCAGAUUGUUUAUCAUCGUUAGAUGAUCUUUUGCACGAUGAGUUUAGUCGUGUAGUUGGAUCUAUGAUCUCGGCAAGAGGGGAAGGUGUGCUUUCAUGGAUGGAAGACGACAACUUUGUUGUGGAAGAAGAUGGAUCAGAUUCAUAUAAUGAGCCUGGAUUCCUUUCCUUGGAUCUAAAGGCACUGGAGAAAAUGCUAGAGAAAGUGGAGGUGCAUGAGAGGCUCUACAUUGAAGCUGAUCUUUUGCCACCCGAGCUGUGUACAGCCCAAUCAAAAGUGAGCCAAGAUAAAGAACUGUAUUGUUCCCACACUUCCCAAGACGAGGAAGCUGUGACAACAAGUCUGAAUAAGCUGGUUCAACAAGAAUCAAGUGGAAAGAUUGACCCACAGGGAAAAUCAUCAUCAGCUUUGAAGGACAUGCAAACACUUACUGGCCAGCCAGAGAUAUCUUCAGAAGUUGAAGCCGACCUAGAUUUUCUUCUUGACUCCUUUAGUAAAGAGCCUAAGCCAGUGGCCAGCGCCUCAAGUACAUCCAGUCAGAAUCCUUCUGUCCAAAGAUCUUCAGCUUUUGAAACUGAGCUGGAUUCUCUUCUCAGCUCUCACGGUGGCGCAGAACCAGCGAACCCAUCUGAUCAAAAGCUUACCACGGCGGAUUUCGAUGACAUGCUUGAUGAUUUGCUCGAAAGUACUUCAGUAGCAACCAAACCACAGGAGAACCAGACCCCUUUGUCGUCGACAGUUGGAAAAUCCAAAGUUAUAGAGGAGUUUGAUUCUUGGUUAGAUACGAUUUGAUUUAUGUGUUUAGUGUAAUACUUUUUUUUAUUCCCAGGCAAAUGAGAAUCUACUAUGUAGUCUAUAAAAAAUCGUUGGGGCUUAGGUAAUCCUUGUUUGCCGAUCUAGCUAUGGUCUGAGCAUUCUCUCUUCCAGCUUAGGUAAACCUUGUAUUCUAAUUUUUAAAUCAAAAGAUCGUUGAAGCUU